CCUAAAGGACACACACAAAGCAGCAGUCUCUAAAAACCAAAAAAUGGCUGAGAAAAAGAGGAAGCGACCUGUCUCUUCUUUAACUGCCGAUGAGUCCGUUGAGCCAAACAGCGCCUGCAGUGAGCCAUCAGUCAGUGUACUGAAGACAACUGCAUCUACAGCUCCCAGUUUUGUCUCGAUGAAGAGUGAUGGAUCCAAGUUCGAGCUAAUCAAUUUUGGUUUCCAAGAUGCUCAAAGACAGCAGAGGGGGGAACCGUCAAGCAGUUCAGUGUGUUUGGAGGAUCCAGUCUAUUUAAACCAGAGAGAUACUGAAGAAGACAUGAGGGACAACUUCAUUUUCAAAGGAAAGAAGAAUCUUAAAGAAGCAAUGAAAAAGCAAUUUACUUCGACGUACCAAGGUCAUGGUGAGCAGCAGAGUUCUCUAAACAGCAUCUACACAUCACUCUACAUCACCACUGGAGAGAGUGGAGCUCCACAUGAAGAACAUGCGUUCAGACACAUUAAACAUAAAUUGGAACGACAAUCUUCUAAACAUAUCAACCUCAGUGACAUCUUCAAACCUCUGCCUGGCCAAGAGAAACCCCCCAGAACAGUCCUGACGAAGGGCGUUGCAGGCAUUGGAAAAUCAUUUGCUGUGCAGAAAUUUAUUCUUGACUGGGCCGAGGAGAAAGAGAACCAGGACAUUGAUUUUGUUUUCAAUCUCGCUUUCCGAGAGCUGAAUUUGAGUUCAGGUAACAAAAGCUUGCACCAACUCCUGACUGAAUUUCACCCUGCGCUCCACGAUCUGAAAGAUUCAGAGGAUUUCAUCAGAGCCAGAGUCCUGGUGAUCCUGGACGGCCUGGAUGAAAGCAGACUUCAGCUGGACUUUGAGAACAAGCCGGUAACAUCUGUCAGUGAAAUAACAUCUGUGGGAAAUCUCCUUACAAACCUCAUCCAGGGAAACCUUCUUCCUGAAGCUAACCUCUGGAUAACAUCCCGUCCAGCAGCAGCCAAUCAGAUCGCUGCAGAGUUUGUGGACAAGGUAAUGGAGAUAAGAGGGUUCAGUGACCCACAGAAAGAGGAGUACUUCAGGAGGAGGUUUCAUCAGGACUUGGGUCUUGCUGACAGGAUCAUUUCACACAUUCGCUCUUCACAGAGUCUGGACAUCAUGUGCCAGAUCCCGAUCUUCUGCUGGAUUUCUGCCGUAUUAUUUCAGGAGAUCUUUGGGGGAGACGAGACAGCUGAAGUUCCUCAAACUCUAACAGAGAUGAUGGCACAUUUCCUGUUUGCCCAGACAAAACGCAGAAGCAGAAAAUAUGAAAAGAAGACUGAGAGAAACAAAGAGACACUUCUGAAAACUCACAAGGAAUUUCUUCUGAAACUCGGCAAGCUCGCAUUUGUUCAUCUGCAGAAGAACAACCUCAUCUUCUAUGAUGAAGACCUAGAAGAAUGUGGGAUUGACAUAAAAGAGGCAGCCAUCUACUCUGGACUUUGUAACACAGUUCUUAGGGAAGAAGACGUCUUUUCUCAGAAAAAGGUCUUCUUCUUUGUGCACCUGACCAUACAGGAGUUCUUUGCAGCUCUUUUUGUCUAUGACUGCUUCACAAACAAGAAUACAAAAGAGCUCGGCGACUUCCUCGACCUGAAGGACAAAGAACAUACUUUAAAUCUCAACAGCGUUGAACAUGGGGGAAGUGACCGGAUACAACCAGGCUUCAAGAAAUAUGCCUGUGAGCUCACUUGGGACCCCAACACAGCCCACAAGAACCUCCUUCUCUCUGAAGGGAACAGAAAGGUGACCUGGGUGAAAGAGGAGCAGCCACAUCAUCAUCACCAAGAAAGGUUUGAUCAGUGCCAACGGGUGCUGUGUGAACAGGGUCUGGACGGACGCUGCUACUGGGAGGUCGAGGUGUUCGGCCUCUUCAGUGUUGGGGUGACAUACAGAGGAGCUGACAAGGAAGGAAAAUGGGAUGAUUUCAAGCUGGGACACAAUGACAAGUCUUGGUGUCUAGUUUGCUCUAAUGAUGGUUAUUACAUUUUGCACUGCAACAACAAAGUAGAUGUGUCUUCACUCGGAUGGCGCUCCAGUCAAGUAGGAGUGUUUCUGGAUUGGCCGGCUGGCACUCUGUCCUUCUACCGAGUUUCCUCCGACAGUAGAGUCCGCCUCCAUACCUUCAAAACAAAGUUCAGUGAACCUCUUUAUCCUGCUGUUGAACUUCACACUCAGUCCUCUGCAGCAUUUUCUCAGAUUUAAAAUGACAGUUAAUGUCAAUUACAGAUGCACCUAGCUAACCAAGCUAGCUAGCUCUGCACAGAACCGUUGGCUCCACAGUCUCAGCCAAAUAUGGUCACGUCCGGUGCCGCUGGUUGAGUGGGCAGCUGUAUGUUUGCUACAUUUCUUCAUGUUUUAACAAUAGUGACGUGUAAGUUUGUGCUUUUACUUUGUUUUGAUUAAGUUACAGCAUUUUUAUUUCAUUGGCAGCUAUCCUGAAAGAGCAGCUUAUAUGUCAGAAAAGGUCUGUCCAGAUUUUCAUUGAAUACCAGUUGAUGUUACUUAGUGGAUUCUUAUUCUACAAACUUUACUAAACAAUGUUUCACUGCUGUGGUGCUUAAUCUUUACUUAGUCGAAUCUAAUUGUGAAAACUUAGCUAAAAAAGUUUUUUGUGGUGCUUCAUUUUUACUUAGUGGAAUCAUAUUUUGAAAACUUAGCUUAACAAUAUGAUUGUCGUGGUGCUUAAUCUUUACUAGUGGAAUCUUAUUUUGAAAACUAAGUUAAACAAUAUGUUUCACUACUGUGGUGCUUAAUCUUUACUCAGUGGAAUCUUAUUGUGAAAACUUAGCUAAAAAAAAAAGUUUGUCGUGGUGUUUCAUUUUUACUUAGUGGAAUCUAAUUUUGAAAACUUGGUUUAACAGUAUGUUUGAUGUGGUGCAUAAUCUUUACUCAGAGGAAUCUUAUUUUGAAAACUUAACAAUUUGUACCUUCAAAACAAAGUUCAGUGAGCCCCUUUAUCCUGCUGUUGAACUUCACACUCAGUCCUCUGCAUCAUUUUCUCAGAUUGAACCCAUUAUGUCUCAUAAAUAGUCCAAACAACUGUUGUAUUUGUAGUGUAAGGAUGUCCUACGGGCUGUUACACUGUAGUUGUAGUGUACACUGUAAGACUGAAGUUGUAGACUUUCAGGUUUCACUGUUAUUGUAUAUAACAAAGACAGAACCUUUGGGUCUGAAAAGUGAGGUGAAUGUGAAGUUCCUUAAAUCUGCAUGGCAUCAAACGGCCAGCAGGGGGCGACUCCUCUUGUGGAAAUAAUGGUAAAAUGACUCUUCUUCUCAGCUGAUUUAUUACCUCAGUAAACACUUUCAUAAUGAAUUUAUGGUCUCAAUCGCUAGUUUCACGUCUUCUUUAAUACAACAUGGUGUUUAUUUAGUUAUCUGUGGUCCCAUUAGAGGAAAAUAGACCAUAAAGGAGAGUAUUCUUCAGGGCGGGACUAUCUUGUGAUUGACAAGUUGCUACACAUGGUGACCUGUCAAUCAGGCUACAGUGACUCGUUCCCAUGGCACUGUGUAAAUUUAACCAGCACUGUUGAAAAAGCUUAUUAGGAGUUGGCUGUUCACGUUCUCUGGUGAGUGUGUCUUGUUUUAGGCCUGUUUUUCACAAGACAAAAGUAUCAUCCCAGUUAAAAUGACAGUUAAUGUCAAUUACAGAUGCACAUAGCUAACCAAGCUAGCUAGCUCUGCACAGAACCGUUGGCUCCACAGUCUCAGCCAAAUAUGGUCACGUCCGGUGCCGCUGAUUGCAAAAAAUAAUGCCAAAUUUGAGGCUUCAAAACGGCAGUCGACAAACAAACGGGUGACAUCACCACUUUUUUUAUACAGUCUUUGGGAAUCCAUUCAUCGUACAGUAAUUUUUCAACUAAAAAUACCAAACAUUUGCUUCCUCAAGCUUCUUCACUGUGAGGAAUAUACCAUUGACAUUUCUAGGAAACUGUGAUGGACAUUUUCUAAAAUUUUCUGACAUUUUAUGGGCAAAACAACUUAUCAAAUAAUCUAGAAAAUAAUAGGUAAAGUAAACCUUUUAAGUUAGUUAGUUGAGUUGUGGCAGCUUAGUAAUAUUUACAUGACUUUGACAAGCAGAGCAGUAACUUGUAGGAGUGGGCAGCUGUAUGUUUGCUACAUUUCUUCAUGUUUUAACAAUAGUGACGUGUAAGUUUGUGCUUUUACUUUGUUUUGAUUAAGUUACAGCAUUUUUAUAUAUGUCAGAAAAAGUCUGUCCAGAUUUUCAUUGAAUACCAGUUGAUGUUACUUAGUGGAUUCUUAUUCUACAAACUUUACUAAACAAUGUUUUACUGCUGUGGUGCUUAAUCUUUACUUAGUGGAAUCUAAUUGUGAAAACUUAGCUAAAAGAGUUUUUCGUAGUGCUUCAUUUUUACUUAGUGGAAUCGUAUUUUGAAAACUUAACAAUUUGUUUGAUGUGGUGAUUAAUUUUUACUUAGUGGAAUCUUACUUUGAAAACAUAACAAUUUGUUUGAUGUGGUGCUUAAAUUUUACUUAGUGGAAUCUUACUUUGAAAACUUAACAAUUUGUUUGAUGUGGUGAUUAAUUUUUACUUAGUGGAAACUUAUUUUGAAAACUUACCUUAACAGUAUGUUUGAUGUGGUGCUUAAUUUUUACUUAGUGGAAUCUUACUUUGAAAACUUACCUUAACAGUAUGUUUGAUGUGGUGAUUAAUUUUUACUUAGUGGAAUCGUAUUUUGAAAACUUAGCUAAACAAUAUGUUUCGCUGCUGUGGUGCUUAAUCUUUACUCAGGGGAAUCAAAUAAAAUUCAAAGAGGUCCAGUUUGAGAAAACUUUCCAAAGCAAAGGUCCGGAACAUUGUAACCACAAUGGCACUGAAUGCAUUAUCAUUCAAAUUGGCUGUCGGUUGGGGGUCCGUAGAGGACGGUGGCUGGGUCCAAAUCAGCCAAUAAUAACUUUUCACAGAUGUUUCAUGGGAUACAACAUGAAGUGAUGUAAUUUUUUACUCAAAAGGUAAAAGGCUUAACUUUUAUGUCUGCCCACCAGCAAAGCAUUAAUUUUUUCAGGUUGUCCCGUAAUGAUCAACUUCACUGUGACAUUUCUUGAAAACAAUAUAAUUCAACACCAUAACUCUGGAACAGACGGGGAGAUUGUGACCAUAUUUCACAGCUGGACUGAAAAGCUGACACUUUUGACUCAAAGGUCAAAGUAAUCUCAAAAUAAGUUUUUAGCCAUAAUUUUAAAAUUAAUUGGAUGAUUCCAGAUUUUACACACACAAACGUUGACUGGAAUGACACAAUGUGUAAACAAUAGCAAUAGCACAGUAUCGGCUUUCCUCCAUCUUGUCUAUUUUGCCUUUCACUUCCUGCGUCAUUCUGAUUUUCAUGCAUCAUCACAAUUAAUGUGACUGCAAACAACAUAUUGGAGUGCGCCUAGCAACUCAUAAUCCGGUGAAUGAGUAGUGGGUUUCACCUACAGCUAAUAGAGAGGCUUUGCAGCUAAAAAUGCCAAUAGAAAACAAAAGCAAUGCACUUUUAUGUAGCCGAACUGUAUAAGAAUCAAUCUUUACUUCGUAAACAAGUACAUGUGAUACGUGUUCAGCCAAUACAUCUACAGUAAGCCUUCAUUAAUAAGACAACAAUGUAUGUUCACUGGAAUUAUACAUCAAAAUAGUGAUAACUUCCAACCUUAUUGUGAAAACUUAGCUUAACAAUAUGUUUGGCUGCUCUGGUGAAUUUUUUUUUACCUGGACAUAAAAACAUAGCUAGGCUAAGCUAACCAGCUGCUCAAUGUAGCUUCAUAUUUACAAUACAGACAUGAAAGUGGGAACAAUCUCCCCACCCAAAUCUUGGCAGAGGUGUACCCAAAAUGUCAAACUUCUUUCUUGUGUUUGGCAUAUUUGGUGCUAGAUUUUACUGGAUUUAGUAAAAAAAAAACCAUUUCUUUCUUUGACAAUGUAAAAGUUCAAUUAAUAGCUCAGUUGCCUAUAUUUGGUUUAGGAGUCUAUAUGGGACAAGCCUUUAAUUAAUUUCACACAAAACUCCUGAUCAAAAAGAUGGGAAAUACCAUUAAAUUCUUUAUUUAAACCAGUUUGAAUAUUACCGAUGUGUCAGUUAAAGUGCUGCCUUUGUUGUAGUUUUUUAUGAUUUUAUUUUUGUUCUUUUGUUUGGUAGACCUUUACCGAAUACAGGAAUAUAAAUAAUCAAGGAAUAGACACAGAUUCAGACUUGAUGAAAGAAUUAAAUGGUAGAGAAUCACAAAUUUUUUUAUUAAUUAUUUUAAUAUGCUGGUAAAUCUGAAUGAAUUAUAUUUUGGUGCUUGUGACUGAAUUGUGGAGAAUGUAAGUGAUGUGUAGCAUGUCUAUAUUAACUUGAAUUUUAUAAAAACAAAACAGACUCGGCAUCUAAUUGAGACCUGCAUUUAUUUGUCAAAAUGUAUAGCCACACCCGGCCAGUAAAGGGCAUGCAGUGUUUAAGUUCUACUGUACAAGAAUUUUCAUAUUGUGAUGGAUGUUAGAAAUAAACUUUCAGGAAAUUGAGAAAAUA